AUGGAUUUCAGUUCCUCAUCAGUGUUUGAUCAGCACAAAGGUGAUGCAGCAGAAGAGAUUGACUUGACUGUGGUUUACCAAGCAGCAGCUAAUGGCGAUGUGAACACACUAACUGCAGUGAUUCGAGAAGAUCCUUCCAUCCUGGAGUGCUGCGACGGCGAGGGUUGCACACCUUUGAUGCAUGCUGUGUCAGGACGCCAGGUUGAUACAGUGAAGCUUCUGUUGAAGAUGGGAGCCAAUAUUAAUACUCAAGAUGCUUGUGGACGUACCAGUUUAUCUCUGGCAACUUAUCUGGGCUGGCUGGAAGGCUGUGUCAGCCUGCUCAGAAAUGGUGCUAAGCAGAACAUACCUGACAAAAAUGGGAGGUUGCCACUGCACGCUGCUACUGCAGAGCCUGACGUGAGGCUUCUGAACGUGCUUCUGCAGCAGUCAAAUCUUAGUGAAAUUAAUCAUCAGGACAAUGAGGGAAUGACUUCACUGCACUGGGCUGCUUUCCACAACAGGCCCCAGCACACCCAGACUCUGCUGCACAAGGGAGCAGACCCGACUCUCGUGGACAAAGACUUCAAAACAGCUCUGCACUGGGCAGUACAGAGUGGCAACAGGAUUCUGUGUUCUAUCAUUCUGGACCACUACCAGGGGCCAUCAAUAAUAAACUACGAUGACGAGAAUGGCAAAACAUGUAUGCACAUUGCUGCUGCUGCAGGCUACAGUGAUAUUAUCAGUGAGCUGGCUAAAGUCCCAGAGUGCAAUCUGCAGGCCCUUGAUGUGGAUGACAGGACGCCUUUGCACUGGGCUGCAGCAGCAGGGAAAGCUGACUGUGUGCAGACACUGCUAGAGCUGGGGAUAGACAGCAGCCCUCGAGACAUCAAUGAAAACACUCCUCUGACAUAUGCAAUGUACUGUGGGCACACGGCAUGCAUCAAGCUGCUGUCUCAGGAGAGCAGUAGAUCUGAGCCAGUUCAUCAGUUUCCCUCCCAGAACAACAGACUCCUAAAGAAAGAAGGACGAUUCAGUAUGCUGAACCACAUCUUCUCUUGCAAAAAGAAGAAAGAUGAUCAGAAAACCGGUCAAAAGGAGAGAAGCAGAGACCGAUACCUUAGAGAAGAGACCUCAGAAGUAGAUGACAUCAUCACCACUUUUGAUUGCAUUAUGGACACAAACUGCAAAGACAUUCCAGAUGAGUGUGUGACCACUGCUGACUUCAAAAGAAGGAGCACAGACACAAAGUAUCUCAUACCAGAAAAGAAGCAACCAGAGUGUCAGGGACUUCUGCCCGUCAGAACCCAGAGCCUCCCCCCAAUCACUGCAGGCAAUUCCUUCCUAACUGCUUCCCAGAGCACGUCAAGCUUCUCCUCCAGCACCAGCACCCACCAUUUUGCACACAAGUCUCAAAAGAGUAGGAGUGAACACAACUUGCUGGACCACAGAAGCAGCUGCCAGGCUUUGUUGGAUGAUCCCUGGAACACAGACUCUAACCAACUACUCUCCUACAAAGUCUGUACUAGGACUCCUUCAGACAAACUGAUAAAUGGCUUAAACUCUGAUAGAUCUCACCAUGUGCUUUUGUGCCCUCCCCGCCUUCCCUCACUUCCCAGUUCUCCAUCAGGUAAAAAUUUUCAACAGAUGUCCGCAGACCAAACCAAAGUAAAAAAUCUUGCUCCUGUACGGAACAGCCUAGCUCCCAUACCCAACCACUGUGCUCACAAAAUUCAGCUACCAUCUCAGGGUGCCAAGAAGUUUAAGUCCCUGCCUUUAAAUUCCCUAAGGACUGGUGCAGUUAUUCUUCCACCAGCCCCAGCCUCCAGAUCCCAGAAAAAGGGACAUUCUCAGAGUCAUGUGCUCUAUUCUCUCUUGCCUGGUCUAUCAGGAGAGCCUCUGAAACCAAGCCGUGUCCUACCUGCUAUCCCAAGCCAGAAGAAAUCUAACCCUGCAGAAGAGCUUGAGAAAUCUCUCACCAAACCAGAUGCUGAAAAUUAA